AUGGCAGCGAAAACGGGUCGCUUGGCGUCUAAACCUGGACUUUGGAAAAUCUUUCUACUAGCUGCUAUUUUCCUUGCAUUGGUUGCUUUCAUUCUAGGUUGGAUUGGCUUCGGUGUACCUCAAUGGCAAUGGCUCCAACGCUCAAAUACAUCAUCAGUUACAGAGUAUUACGGACUUUGGGCAUAUUGUCAAGAUCAAACAACGGGCACUGUUUGCAGACAUUGGUCAGAUGCCGCUGAUCAACUGUUUAACGGCAGUCGACCAAGUUUUAUCUCUACGAGCGAAGGUCUUAUUACUACUGGCAUGAUAAUGCUUUCUCUUGGUCUUGUUGCAGGAUUGUUCUCCUUAAUUCUUCCGUUACUAUGUUACUUAGCUGGAAUUUUAAUGUUUCUAGCAUUUCUUUUUAUUGUUAUUGGAGUACCAAUAUUCGGUACAAAAUCAAAUGAUCUCUCCUCCUCAAGAGGUGAUGUUAGCUAUGGAAAACGUUACGGUUUCGGACUUAUGAUUGCAACAAUUGUGUUAUCAUUUAUUUCCAUGCUUCUAUUUCUUAUAGCUGGUUUUCUUUAUCAACGUUUUGGUUUCGGUAAUAUCGCAUCACGAAGCAAGAUUCGUGUUGGUCAACAGCAGCUUGGUGGUUACAAUGUCAUUAACAGACCACCGUAUGGAUAUCCACAACAACCGUAUGGAUAUCCACAACCACCGUAUGGAAAUGCUCGACCUCCGUAUGGAAUGUAUCCAAUGCCGACAGCUCCAUAUCCAUAUUCAGUCGUUGGCGCACCACAGCCAUCUUUACUUUCGCAAUACAUCGCACAACGUUUGCCUCGAUCUUACAGUGGACCAGUCAUACGCCGUACGGCUGUUGCUGCACUCCCUCAACCUUCAGUGAUUGGCGUUGUUGGUGCUCCAUCUUAUGUAACCCCCGCAUAUUACAAAGUAGCUCCGGCUGUUCAGUCAGCGGGUGCACCUAUCGUAAAUCUCACCGGAAGAACAAUUGUCGGUCCCGUUGUACGAUCAGCUUAA